AUGUUCGCUACUCGCCCGCUGAGAAUGCAGGUCACCCGGCCGCUCUUGGGUCCUUUGCCCAAGGAAAACCAGAGUGCUCACACCAUCUCCCAGCGCCUACGAACCCUGAAGAAGAUUCCUCCAGAAUUACUACCGCUUGGCGCUGUCCUUUGCGUCGCCCUCGGCGCAGGAAUCUACUCCAGCAUCAAAAAAUUCAGAACAGACAAGACCCUCCGCCUCUCGCGACCCAAGCCUGAAGAUAUCCAGCACUAG